UUCAUUUCAAGGUUGCCCCACCCUUCCCCACCACCGGCUCUGUGUGGCUGUGUCUCACCUCUCCUGCCUUGACAGCGGGGAGCCUGCGCUGUAUGAGGACAACACUGACCGACAUAUAGAAGUGGCCCCAGUCCUUUCCGCUCCUUGGGACCGUCUUCCCCGAAGGGUGACGGGCAGUGCUAGGACCCAGCAGAAACCUUCACACCCAGCCUGGGCGGCUGCAGAGACACCUCCCCGCAACUCCCCUAGAAGCUGGAGAAGCCCCCGCUGGAGGGAGCCGGAGAGCCCCCGCCCCCGCCUGCAGGGCGCCGCGGGAGUCCCGCUGGCUGAGGCGCCCUGGGAGCUGCUCCAGCCGCCUCGCGGGAAGCAGCUGGUGCUGGAAGAUGGCGAGCCGCAGCCUCCUGCCGCUUCUCCUCGGCACCCUGGGGGCUCUGUGCUAUCAUAAAGCAUAUGGAAUCUCUGUCAAAACGGACAAUCAGCAUGUUACAGCAAAGGAGUUUCAGGAGGCUAUGCUUAGCUGUAAGUACUCAGCUGGAAAGGGUAUUAUUCCAAGAGUAGAAUGGAAGAAACUCUCAUCCCGUGAUGUCUCAUUUGUGUACUACAAAGGUGACUUAGUAGGUGAUCUGAAAGGCCGAGCAGAGAUGAUAGAUUCAAGCAUACGAAUUAGAAAUGUGACCAGAAAAGAUUCUGCGAGAUACCGUUGUGAAGUUAGUGCGCCGACUGAACGGGGACAAAAUCUGGCAGAGACUAUUAUUACUCUCACAGUGUUGGUGGCCUCGGCAGCUCCAUCGUGUGAAGUGCCCAGCUCAGCGAUGAGUGGAACAGUAGUACAACUGAGUUGUAAAGAAAAUGAAGGGUCUCCUGCUUCUGAGUACAAGUGGUAUAGGAAUGGUGUUGCUUUACUGGAAAAUACAGGAACAGGCAGUGCUAAAAUAGGAAACAUUUCUUACACCAUGAAUAAAAAGACUGGAACAUUGCUAUUUAACACAGUUUCAAAGAAGGACACUGGAGAGUAUUACUGUGAAGCCUCUAAUGGAAUUGGACUUCCUCAAAAAUGCUCUGUGAAGCGAAUGCAAGUUGAUGACCUUAAUAUAAGCGGAAUCAUAGCGGCUGUAGUAGUUGUGGCUCUGGUAAUGGCAUUAUGUGGCCUUGGGGUAUUUUAUGCACAAAAGAAAGGUUACUUUUCAAAAGAAAGCUCUUCUCAGAAGAAGAGUUCUGACUAUAAAUAUACCCCAAGUGAAAAGGAUUUCAAGCACACCAAGUCCUUUGUUAUUUAGAAGAUUUCAGCCUCUUUGAGGGACACACAGUGACUACUUGUUAUACAAAAUAUUAAAGGGAUUUUUUUUUAACUCUUCUGCAAAUAUUUGGAUUUGUUUUGAGAUGGCAUACACUAAAAGCAGAAAGUUUAUUGAAAUGUCUAGGAGCCGAUGUUACAAACCUAAUCACGGACUGUACAACUGUUCAUAUUGUUAAAAUACCAUUAUUUCUCUAA